AUGUUGUCUAGCCCGAGAACACCCUCCCACGCCUCCCGUCCAGCCCAGCCCAGUGCACCCACCCCGAGGCCCAACGUGAUGGCCGAGGAGGACCAGCAGCCGCCGCCGGACCGCGGGGCGAGCAGCAUGCCCGGCCUGCUCACCGGGCUGCAGGGCGCCGAGGCCAGUGCGCUGCAGCUCCGGAUCAAGAACUCCAUCUGCAAAUCUGUUCAAUCAAAAGUGGAAAACAUUCUGCAAGAUGUGGAGAGGUUCUCAGACAUUGAAAAACUCUACCUCUACCUUAAGUUGCCUUCUGGUCCGAACACUAACAUCGAGAAAAGUGAGCAGAGCGCCCUGUCAUCCAGCCGCACGCAGCAGAUGCAUGCGUUUAACUGGAUCCGCCAUCAUUUAGAGGAAUACCCAGAGACCUCUCUUCCCAAACAGGAGGUCUAUGAUGAAUACAAGAGCUUCUGUGACAAUCUGAACUACCAUCCACUGAGUGCGGCAGACUUUGGGAAAAUGAUGAAAAAUGUCUUCCCGAACAUGAAGGCUCGUCGACUUGGCAUGAGAGGAAAAUCAAAAUAUUGCUAUAGUGGACUGAGGAAGAGGCUGGUUAUUCACAUGCCAUCUUUACCCACUCUGGAUCUUCAUAAAACAGGGGACGGGCUCCAAUGUGAUGUCCUGGAUUCACCGGGCCAGCUGGGCGGUAUUAAGGAAGAUGUGAGGUUUGCAGCCUGUGAUCUGGUGUGUGAGUGGGCCCAAAAGGUGCUGAAACGCCAGUUUGAUGUCGUGGAAGACUUGGCCCGCUUCCUGAUCGACAGCCAUUACAUCAGCAACAAGUCCCUGGCAGCGCUCACCAUUAUGACCGGCACAGCAACAGAGGUAAAGCUUCCACAGACGGUGUCAGCGUUCGUCCCGGCCGCUGAGGCUCUCUCCUUCCAGCCUCAUGUGAUGACUCUGUCCUCGCCGUCUGUCGAUGCAAAGCAGCAGCUCCAGAGAAAGCUCCAGAGGAAACAACAAGAGCAGAAGCUGCACUCUCCUUUUCCUGGAGAGGGACAAACCAAGAGGGCAGAGAGUGUGCCUUGUGCCAGCCCCACCCCUCCGUCACCUCAGCCCACCAUUGGCAUCAUGGUCGCUGCAGUGCAGAGCCCCCUCACGGUACAGAGAAGCAGGCAGCUGAUGUGUCCCAGUCCACUGGGAACAGUGGAGAACAAAAUGAUGCCUAUUAACUUCCAAAUGGUGACCCAGCAAGUUCAGGCAGUGAGGCAUAGUCCCAAAAAUAUUCUAGCCAGUCCCAUGGGAGAACGCACUGCCCGGCAGCGAUAUGCGCAAAUCCUGCCCAAACCGGUGGCCACGACUGCCAUCACUUUGCGCUCGCCCUCCACCAUGAUCAUCAGCAACAGCCCUGUGAAGACCAUGAUGACCACAUGUCAUGUCAGCCCGGUCAGUUUGGUCAACUUGACAGCCAUAUCGCUGGCAACCAACAGCAGCAAUACCACCACUUCCUUUACAAAUGCCACUCUGCGGCCGGCCUCUACAGGCGUAAGUAGUUCUGCAGAAGACGUCAGCUUCAGUCGGAGCAUGAGGAGCGCCUCUGCAGUCCCCAUCCAGGCCCCGGUGGCCAGACCAGGGCAGACUACUAACACUCAAACCAUCGAUGUUGAAAUGGAAGUUGAAGCUAUACAUAAAAACAGCCAAAUGCAAAAUCCUGGCUCUUUGAAUUGUUCUCAUGAAGCCAUGGUAAACAGAGCUGUAGGGGCUUUACAGAGGGCUGCCAGUGUGCCCAUACCUCAGUCUAAAGGCUUCCUGGAGAGCACCUCUAUCUCUAACUGCCACGGGAGGUCCUCCUCGGGCAUUAACACUGCAGUCCAAAGCAGCAAUAAUGGUGCUGAUAAUACAAGCAACUUGCACUUAACACCUUCCACUCAGAAUACCAGCGCUGUUCCUUUACUGAACACCAGCACACCAACUUCUUUUGGGGAAAACGGCGGAGUUACAGCAGCAAAGGAAGGUUUCCUGUCUACUAAGAACCUCAGGAAACGUUCAUGCUUCAGUCCAGAUUUUUCUCCAAUCAAAAGGGCUUUUAUGCCCCAGCAGCCAGAGCCAGAGGGCGCUGCUGGUUUAGGAUAUGGGACUAGAAACACGGUCGGUAACAUCCUGCGCCCAGGAGCUCCAACUAGACCUGAAAGUGCACCAGUGACCAGGGAGGUAGAGAUGAAAAUGAUCUCCCCUCAAGCCCACUCACUCUGCACUUCCUCUUUCAGAUCGAGUGGAUUCUACUCUGUUGCCAGAUCACAGAGCUCAAUGCAGAGGAAAACCACUCCCACCGUUAUGGAAAAUAGCAUCUCAGACAGUCACUCAUUAAUGCAGCAACAGCAGGGGCACACAACGCCUAACGUGCAUGCCAUACCUAAUAACACCGGCUUCCAAACACUUACAGGAGUGAGUGAUGUUAGGAGUUUAAGCUGUCAACCCAAUAUCUACACCCAGUCUAACUCUGAACCAUUAGACUUUUUGAAUCAAGCCACGAUAUCAAGCCAGCUCCCUAUGCAGACAGAUAUGGACUACUUUCACUUUGAUGAUGAUGUGACCCAGGACAGCAUUGUGGAGGAGCUGGUGCAGAUGGAGGAGCAGAUGAAGCUUAACAACAUGCAGGAGUUUGGAGGCUGCGUCACACCACAAGGCCAACAGGCAGCCAUGCCGGACAACAUGAUGUCCACCAAUCAGACCAUGACUUCUUUCUAUCAUGCUGCAAACAGCCACAGUAACCCAAUGCAGACUCCGACACCCACUCCUACUCCCACACCAACACCAACAUCAGAGAUGCUGGGAGGACCCCAACGGUUCACCGUAGAGAGCCCCUUCUCCCGCAUCGCCUCCACCACCCCGGUGGAUAGCGCUCUGGGAAGCAGUCGUCACACCCCAGUGGGUACGCCACACUCCAACUGCAGCAGCACCGUGCCUCCCAGUCCCGUGGAGUGCAGGAACCCGUUUGCCUUUACACCCAUCAACUCCAGCAUCCCUGGUUUCCAUGACGGCAACACCGUCUCCAGCAGCCCGGUCAAGCCCAUGCAGAGGCCGAUGGCGACCCACCCAGACAAGACCAGGCUGGAGUGGAUGAACAACAGCUACAACAGCAGCAGCUUAAACAAGUCAAACUGUGGAAUGGGAAUCCUCCCCGGCUAUCAAGGCCUGAUAGGUGACCAAUUUCAAAAGCCUCACGCCUUCGCCGUCCCUCAUGCGCGGCACCACGACGGCCAUUUUGGUCGCUUGACUCCCAUCUCGCCUGUUCAGCAGCAGCAGGCAGCUAACAUGGCCAAGCAGGAGGGCUUUGCUGUGCCUGCCCCUCUGGAUAACAAAGCCACCAACUCACCAGCUACAACUUUUCGAUGUCGCAGUGUAAGCCCCGCUGUUCAUCAGAGGAACUUGACCGGAAACACGGGAAACCUUUCCCAUAUGCCUCGUUCAGUUGUGUCUCCCUUUAACUCCCCUGUGACGCCUGAGAUGUUAAACAUAUUUGCAAACAGCCAUACAAAUCUCGGGUUGAGCAGCAUGGCUCAGAGGAGCCAUUCUGUACCGCUCAACGUCAUGAUGCAAACUGAGGUCCAGACAACGUCAGGACAACAGUGCAACAGCAAUAACAUCACCAAUGUUCUUCUGAGCAAACUGGAGGGGGACCAUGACAACAAUGUCCGGGGUCUGGGCAUCAAUAACUUACCCUCCAGCUACACUGCACGCAUGAACCUCACCCAGAUCCUGGAGUCUGACCCCGACCUCUCCUGCAGUGACAACCACCUCAGCCUGAUGAAAUCUGACCCCACCAGCACAUGCAAGAUGCAGAGGCCUAAUUACCUCAUGGAAAAUGCUAUUAACGAACAAAUGAUAAUCUUAGCAGGUGAUCACCGAGUACAAUCAGCUAUUGGGGAGCAGCAUCGACAACAGGCCCAGUCUAUGCUGCUAACCUCACAGCAGCAUCAAGAAGAACUUCAGCAUCAGUUGGAUUUCAGCAGCACUAUGAAAAACCUCCUGACUGACAACGGCCUCACUGCCGGCACUCAGCUCAUGGACCAGGUGUCUGAGCUGACUACAGGCGGGGCAGAUUUCCCUUGUGAGAUCAGAAUGACCUCAGAGCUCUCCAGCAGCAUCAACGACCUCAACGCGUUGGACACAGAGCUUCUGUUUGACCCCAACCAGCAGCAAGGGCAAUAUCAAAAUGCUGCUGCAGAGGAGGAGCUGGUGAAUGAUGCGCUGUUUCAGCAAAUUACCAGCGACACGGCACAUUCGAAUGGACUCGACUGGCUUGAAAGCAAAGAUCAACCAACUGUAGGGUUGAUGGGUUGAGGUUUUUUUUUUACGUCAUGUUGAACAUGUCAACCCAUGGUCGUUAAUUUUUUUAUUUAUUUUCAGGCAUUUACACUUUAUAAUGCAACACUGGACCCAAUCAAGGUAUGUCCAGUCCAAGUGCCAGGCUGAACUGCUAUGAUGCUGCAACACUCUGAAAAAUGCUGGUCAUUUCCCUUUAUUCAGAGGACAACGCCUCACCUUGUUUAAUUAAGAGCAUUUCCAACAAGUAAACAAAGGAUAUUGAACAAGAAAGGUUUUUUUUUUUUUAUAUGUUGCAUUUUACUGAAAAGCUAAUGAAAAAAACAGGAAUUAAUUUCUUGAUGUAAAGAAAUGUGGUUGUACGACUAUUAUUGUUAUUAUUUACAAAAAAUAUUUCUUUAAAUAAUUGUUUAUAAAUCUUUAAGACUCCACGCACUACGUUACUAAAGCAUAACGUACAAAAUAUUUAAAUAUAAUGCUGAACAAAUAUGUCCUCAUUGAAACAUUUGUGUGCAAUUUUGAUUUGCCAAAAAAACGUUAUCUAUGCAGGAGCUUUAGGUGUCAUAUGGUUCAAUUAAACGUUUCCUUAGCUGCAAAAUAUACUAACAUUAAGAAGGGAACACUCGGUUUAUAGAACACAUUUUAACCAAAAUGAUCCCUUUAAUAUAUUCUAAUGAUCUGCUAGAUUUGGCAUGGAGAGUAAUAAAUACAUUCUGAAUGUUUAAGUUAUUUAUAUGAUCAUAUCGCUAAUUAUUUACUUUGAUGGAUUACAUGAAGAGUAUGUAUUAUUACUUUGGUAGUUUCAGAACCAUAAAAGGAAGAGAGAAAUGUGUUAACUUUAAUUUAAUCUGGUUUUCAUAUCCCUGUGGAUGACUAUCAUCAACGACGUUGUGCCUCUCAGAAUGAAUCAAUUGAUUUAAAAAGCUAAGUCAACCUCCCCAUAGUUAUCACCAGAAUCAAACCUCAAUUUAAUUUCAAGCUCGGAAAGCUUGUAAGGCCUCUUUUGCACUUUGUUUUGUAUUUCAAAAGCUUGAAAAAAUAAAGAAAUUGUUUUUAUAAAAGUAAAAUCAGAACAUUUACUAAGGAAACAACCAGUGAAAGAUCAGGUCUAGAUUCCUAACCACGUAUAGAUACAAAGGGCAAGAAUUUCAAAAAGGAAACCUUUUACCUAAAAAUUAAACAGCACUUUUAAAAUAAGAUUCUUGUGUUAAUCAAAAGAUGCGUUAUUUGCCUUGUGUACUCUUUUGGGGUAGAAGUUUAAGAUUUUGUCUACAAAUAAUAAAAUGGACAGUAGAUAGAUAAGAUUUCACAGAAUUGAACUCUAAAGAACUUACAGAAAUGUACUUUCUAACGUAGCACUCAUCACUCUGCUCUGACAAUCUGUAAAACGUAUUUCUUUACAUCAAUGCACUGUGUUUGGUUUGGGGGAGAACAUGUUUCACCACAUGGCCUGAGGAUUUCAAACAAAACGUCAAAACAGCUAAAAACUGACUGAGUGUGAAAGUCGUGAUUUACACUGGUGAUGAGCUGUGUGUGAAGAAGAGAGUUUCUGAGCCUUAUGUCCAUACCAAAGACUAACCUUAAAAUUUAAACCGCAAUAACAUGCACUUAAAUCUUGGGUGACUCACUGGGUUAUGUUCGAUAACAGCCAUGAGAAAUAUAUUCUGUAAUGUGAAUAAUAAUAUGGAAAAUAAGUGAAACAUUUGUGACAUUUGCAGCACUGGAAUACAUUUCUUUAUAUAAUUAGUACAUCAGGACAAUGUUAAAGAUUUCUUUGUUUACUAUUGCUGAUGCUUUUGUUAACGCAACAGGUUUAAUAUGUUUUUAUGGAGGCAAAAAUCACUGUUAUUUAUUCAGUUUGUUUGUGUUAGGGUGUGUUUAUAUUGUUGGUCACACUAACUUUAUUUGUUGUACAGAUUGAGGGUGUGACUUUGUUUUUGUUUUUAAUAUUUCAUUUAGAGUGUGUUUUUGUACAGAAGAUGUAACCUUGCAAACCAUAUAAUCUUGUGAAUUCACGAUAAUCUGACUUGCACUGUUAUCAUAGCAUAUUACCACGUAUCAUAUAUGGUACUUCGUUUUAACAGAUGAUUUGUCUAAUGUGGUAAAAAAAAAAUGAGAAAAAACUUGAGAUUCAAAACCUUUCAGGACUAGAUUUUGCAGGAAAUUAUUAUUUGCACACACGUUUUAAAAUGUGUAAAUAUAACUACCCAUACUUAUAUGGUUAAAUAUUAAUGUCAUGAUAUAGUUCAAACGCGGUACAUUGAAUCUCUUUCAGUGCUUUGAAUUGAACAUUCGUUAUGCAUACAGUAUAUAAAACCUUUAAAUAUCUGUAAAAGAGAAUUAUAUUAUUGUAAUAUAUAAUCUCAAUUUGAUUAUAAUUUAAUAUUGAGCAAAUUAGACAAACCUUUUUGUUUAUUUAUGCUAUAGUUUCUCUUACUGUGUCUGUGAAAGCAAACAAAGCAUUUACUUGGUUAGCACUGAUGUUUGUGUUUAAGAAGACUUUACCCUUCCUCUCAUUGUUCAGAGCUGUAGUACUGCCCUCUGCUGUUAUGUUUUGCAUUUUAGCUAGUGCUUUUAUAAGGGGAAGUGCUUGUUAAUACUGGUUUUUAAAGACUUUCUUAAAACUAAUAAACAUUUUUAUGUACAUAGGUAA